AACCACAGUAAAUACCCAAUCAUGUCUCAAGGUACCUUAUAUGUUAUGGAGAUGUCUCCAAGAUCCUACGUCAAUGCCAACAUUGUCAAGCACUUCGGCUUGGAUGUUGCCAUUAAGACUGAAAAGGAUGAAGCUUUCAACCGUGCUUUCCCAUUAGGUAAGUUACCAGCCUUCAUUGGUCCAAAGGGUUACAAGUUACACGAAUGUUUAGCCAUCUCCAACUACUUGGUCUCCUUAGUUCCAAAGGACGAAGUCAAGGGUUUCUUAGGUAAGAACAACCAAGAAUUCGCUUCUAUCAUCAAGUACUUGUCCUUGGUUAACCAAGAAUUCGUUCCAGCUCAAUACCAAGCUCUCUUCAUGAUCAACGGUAGAUUCCCAUACAACAAGAAGCAAGUUGACGAACACUUGGCCAACGCUGAAAAGGUUGCUGCUAUCUUGGAAGCCAGAUUAUCUGAAUUCACUUACUUGGUUGGUGAACGUGCCACCUUAGCUGAUUUCUUUGUUGCUGCUUCCAUCUCUGAUGGUUUAAAGACUAUCUUUGCUAAGCCAUUCGCCAAGAAGUUCCCAUCCAUUGCCAGAUGGUUCCAAACCGUCUCUAAGCACGCUUUCUUUGAAGGUAAGUUUGCUGACUUUGUCAUUCCUGAACAAGCCUUAGUCUACACUCCACCAAAGAAGGAAAAGAAGGAAAAGAAGCCAGAAGCUGCUGCUGCUCCAAAGAAGGAAGCCAAGAAGGAAGUUGCUGAAGAAGCUGCUCCAGCUGAGGCUCCAAAGCCAAAGCACCCAUUGGAACUCUUGGGUAAGCCAAAGGCCGUCUUGGAUGAAUGGAAGAGAGUCUACUCUAACGAAGAAACCAGAGAAACCGCCAUUCCAUGGUUCUGGAAGAACCAAUACGACCCAGAAGAAUGGUCUUUGUGGAAGGUUGACUACAGAUACAACGACGAAUUGACUUUAACCUUCAUGUCCAACAACUUGGUUGGUGGUUUCUUCAACAGAUUGUCUGCUUCCACCAAGUACAUGUUCGGUUGUAUGGUUGUCUACGGUGAAAACAACAACAACGGUAUUACUGGUGCUUUCUUGGUCAGAGGUCAAGACUACAAGCCAGCUUUCGAUGUUGCUCCAGAUUGGGAAUCUUAUGAAUUCACCAAGUUGGACGCUUCUAACGAAGAAUCCAAGAACUUCAUCAACAACAUGUUCGCCUGGGACGAACCUGUUAUUGUUAACGGUGAAAAGAGAGAAAUUGCCGAUGGUAAGGUUUUCAAGUAAUCUCAUAGAUUGUAUAGUUAAUUUUACACCACAGAUUCCAUUAGGGUCUGUCUUUUUUUCUUUCAAAUAAUUAUUUAUAUUGUAACGUAACUCAUGAUAUAUAUAUAUACAACCGACAGAAGCCCAUGAGGUGACUUCUUCAAUAUGUCAACUUCCCUAAUCACGACGACCCUUCAACUUAGGAUACAAUCUAGCAGUAUGAUAAUUAAUAUUAUUUCUGGCACCUUGGUCACUCUUUUGAGUUUCCAUGCACUUUUUCAAAUCGUUAGCGAACGGUAAACAGACAGCAGCGCCAUCACCUCCGUUAGAAGCCCAACAGUUGAGCAAAGUGGACAUGGCAAGUGUGCAUGGAUUACUAGCUUGGGAUCCUGCACUCACAGGUCUUCUGAUACGUAAUUGUGGAAGAGGGGGGAGUCCCUUUGGUGGUGGUCCGACUUUCUUAUAAGCCAUGAUGUUAUAUUAUGAUAUAUGUAUAUGCCCGAAGGGGGGGGGGGAGGUGAGGUAUGGUCAACUGUUAU